AGAACAUCUUGAAGAUCCAUUUUUGACGAUUUGAUGUCAUUAUGAGGCCAUCUUAUAUCUGAAAUUGACAUGGCAACAGUAUUAAACACCACCCAGCCUUCUAGGAGCUCUACGGGGGACAUCCAGCAUAAGAUGUGCAAAACUAAUGGUUCUACCCUGGGAGAACAAAGUGAGGAAGAUCUAGAGCACGAAGGCAUAAUUAAAGAACCGAGCUAUCCAGUAACGUUGACAGGUAGCAUGACGUCAUUAAAAACAAGUGAUGAAAACUAUGAUGAUAAAACACCAAGUAGAGGAAAGUCUGUUGUUUUCCACAGCGAAACCAGUCAGCCACCAAUAAGAAAGAUUUAUAGUGCUUCUGAUUGCUGGCAAUACAUGAUGGAUGGAAGUAGCAUGGUGAAGUUGAAAAGUAGUUCUAGACAAUACCGCCGUUAUUUCAUCCUGGAAGAAGACUUGUCCACGAUCCGGUGGGUGCCCAGUGCCAAACAAGCAGCAAAAGCGAAACUUUCCAUUAGAUGUGUCCACGAGGUUCGAGCCGGAAAGACCACCGAGUUACUUAGAAGAAAAGAUAUUGCCGGAGGUUACGAUGAGGCUUGCGCUUUUUCAAUCAUCUAUGGAAACAGAUACAAAUCGCUUGAUCUCAUAGCUUCGUCUGCUGACGAGGCUAACAUUUGGAUUUCAGGUUUAAGUGUGCUUGUCAGUGGAAAUGAAGGUAAUAUGAAUGUUAUUCAUUUCAUUUUAAAUAUUUCUUAUCGUUUAUGUUUAGAUCUUGCGUACAUUCCUGAAAAAGCUGUAAAGCGAAGCAUUGGAUGGCUCCAUUCAGCUUUUCACCAGUCAAACAGAGAUGGAAAAGGAACGCUUGAUGAUAAAGAAACCAUCGCUUUGGUAAAAAAACUAAACAACCACAUGAGCUCAGUGUCUGUGAAGCAAAAAAUAAUGGAACUGAAUAUGGAGAAGAUGGGGCGAGACCGAGGAAGGUUAAAUAGUUGUCAAUUUAUAAACCUAUUUAAGAGUACUGCAACGAGACCGGAAAUAUACUUCUUACUUAUCAGGUAUUCGGGGAAAGACUACAUGACUGCAGAAGAUUUUCAUCUGUUUCUUGAAGGAGAACAGGGGGUGUAUGGGGUAACACUGGAUGAAUGUAGAAGAUUGAUUGAAAAAUAUGAACCAUCGGAGGAGUCAAAGAGAAAACAUCAACUUUUAAUUGAUGGAUUCACGAGAUUCUUGCUCUCAGAAUACUGUGACGUGAUGAACCCCUCUCAUCAAUCUGUUUUUCAAGAUAUGUCACAACCUCUUGCUCAGUACGUCAUAUCAUCGUCAAGCACAUUCAUUCAUCUUCAAAACCGAGAAAUUCCUCUUUCUACCGUUGAAUGGUAUAGAAAAGCUCUGAAAUUUGGUUGUCGUUCAAUAACAGUGGAAUGUUGGGAUGCAGAAGAUGAACCUGUGGUUUCCCGUCCAGACACAGCAUCUACUGAAACGAGGCUCUCGCAGGUUCUAGAAGUUAUAUCUACUCAUGCCUUUAGUCUUUCUGAGUAUCCUCUUGUAAUUUGUCUUCAAAAUCACUGUAGUCUACAAGGCCAGUUACAAGUAGUAAGCCUAAUCCGAGAGAAACUUGGUAGCCAUUUGGUAUUUCCCAACCUGGACGAUAGCACAGGAGAUUUUAAAAUGUCUCCGGAGAGCCUCAAGAGAAAAAUACUUCUAAAGGGUAAAACCCUUCCAAGCCAUUGCUCGCAGACUGGUGAAGUUUCGGAAGAUGAGGAGUUUGGAGAAACCAAUAUUCCUUGUAAGAAAACCAAGAAAAUCCAACUAUGUAAAGAGUUGUCAGACCUAAUGAUACUCCAUUCCAUCAGAUUCACCGACUUUAAAACGGCUUAUCAUAUACAAAAGCCCACAGAUGUGUGUUCCUUGGACACUUCCUUGGCUCUAAAGCUCAUUCAUUACACACCUGAGGACCUUCUUGACCAUAGUCAACAGUUCAUCUUCCACGUUCGCCUUAGCAAGCACCAGAUCAUCUCAGAAAACUUCAACCCGUUAUAUAUGUGGUCCUCGGGCUAUCAGAUGGUUGCAGUCAAUGUUCUAACACCUGGAGAAACACUUGAUGUGUCUAGAGCCUGGUUCCAACAAAAUGGUGGAUGUGGAUAUGUACUUAAGCCAUCAAACCUUAGACAUCGUAUCGCUUCAGUGUCAUCCACUUUCAAGAGACAUGGUCCUGGACUCAAUAGUAUGGUUGUCCAUCUAAGAAUUAUUAGUGGACAAGAAUUACCCGUACCUAGCGGAGGUUCCAGAAAGGCCAAUGCUAUUGAUCCUUACGUUCAAGUACAACUAUUUGGUGUCCCAGCAGAUUGUGCCGCAGCACACACUAAAACAGUAUCAAACCAAGGUCAUAGUCCAUUAUUUGAGGAAAGCUUUAAAUUUCUGGUGACUGUUCCAGAGCUGGCAGUUUUGCGGUUUAUUGUCCUGGAUGACGAAUACAUUGGAGACGAUUUCAUUGGCCAAUAUUCUAUACCUGUCUCAUGCCUUCAAACAGGUUACCGCCACCUCCAUCUGCUUAAUAAAACUGGAGAACUUUUAAGAAAAGCAACCCUCUUUAUUCACAUAGCAGUAACAAGACAUGGAAGGCCCAGGAGGCAGCCAAGAAAAAAAUACUGGCAAAAAAAACUGAAGACGACGGGUGUUGCUGACAUCGAUAAAACAUUCAAGAAGGAUUUAGGGAAACCUCCGAGUCGGAGAUCCUCGCUGGUUUCUCCAGCCAAGGAGUUUCUGCUGUGUGACAUAUCUCCAUUCGUAAAGAUGGAAUUAUGCUACCUACCGAUGUUGUUAUUUUGA